UGCUUGCAAGAGAGGAAAAGAAAACAAAAAGAAAAAAAAUAAAUAAAUGCAAAAAGGAGAAAAGCGGAGUCAGUCCAACAAGAAGCAAAUGAGAGAAGUAUGGAUGGGAACUGCUAAAAAUAUCCACCACUACAAAGAUUUUUAUCUCUUGUUCUCUGUAGUUUCUCUUUUUUGUUUCUGUCGUUCUCUGGAUACCUGGAUGGUGGGAUUAAAAAUGACUUAAAUUUCAAUCAGCUGUGGCAAGGGAAAAAGAAAAAAGGAUGAAAAAAGAGGUAUUUGUCCUAUGAAGAGAUUCAGUUGCGCACAGCUGGUAAGAGUGAGGGAGUGUUGAACAGAGAGAGAGAGAGAGAGAGAGAGAGAGAGAGAGAGAGAGAGAGAAAUAAGGAGGGGAGAAGACCAGAGACCGGAAGAGAGAGAAAGAGCGUCUUGUUUUUCUUCUGAGGAAGCAAGGAGUUGGAUUGCCGUUUCUUGCAGGACUAUUCGACUGGUAAUGCUGGAAAAGCAGUCUAGGAGCAUCAACACAUCUUUCAGCCAUCCCUCCCUCCCUUCAUUCCCUCUCUUUCUCUCUGUGUUUGGGAAGAUCUUUUGCUGUAAGGCAUAAAGGUCUUGGAACUAGCAACUCACUGGAAUUCUACAUUGAAAGAAGAAUGGAACAAACAACUGAAAAGAUGAAAAAGUCAUUCAGAGGACCACACAAACAAGGCUCAGACCUGGAAUAAGGAAUAAACAGACAGAAAUAGAGAAUGAGCAAGAGAGAGAUGAGGAGGUGUUGAAGGAGAAACUGAGCACAUGAACACUCAUGGCAUUUGGGUGAAAAUGAGGGUGAAGAGGGUUGAGAGGAAGAGGAAAACUGCAGGAAUUUUGGAAAAUUGAGAGAACACCUGGAUAGAUGCAAAAAGUAGUAGAAUAUGCUGUGAGAAUUGUAUAAUACAUUCAGUGGAAAGGUGACACUACUGAAAGGCCCUAAGGCCAAAAUGUUUCGCAGUAGGCACGCUUUAAAAAAGGAAGACAACACCUUGGUAUUUUCCACAAGCCAAACUGGAGGAGAUACAAGUGAAACUGAGAGUCUGAAUCAAAUAGAAUCCUCAUGUUUCAAGUGUGUAUGUGUAAACGGGAUAAACACGUGAACACACACAGACACACCUCAACUUUGAGAAGGAAUACACACCGGUGUCUGGAUUAACACACAUCAGACAAACACUUGAAAAUGAGCAGCUAAUUGUGACCUAGGAUCCGCACAGACAAGAAAGGUCUGUGGAUCAUUCCCCUAUUACCAUGCAAGACUCCCCACCCCUUCAGCCAUUCAGAAAAUCACACCUGUCCAUCAUUCUAUGCCAUCCUCACAGUAACACACACUCCUCCUCAUUCCCUUCUCACCUGUCCGUUCAUCUCAAAAAGAAUACACUCAAGCCCUCUGACACAUUCAGUCAACAUUCUACUUCACUGUGGCCAAAGUUCACCAGCAGAUACUCACCCCAAGACACAUUCUCAUCAACACUGCCAUUGCCUUUACUGCACUGGCUUACACUAGUCACUUGUGCCUGCUUGCUGCCUGCUCUUAUCGGCCCGAUUCCAGGAGCAGUAGCAGGUGAGACGUGGGGCGUGGUGUCGGCAUGCCCCUUCCACUGCGUGUGCAGGAAUCUCUCUGAGUCUCUAAGUACACUCUGUGCCGACAAAGGCCUCCUUUUUGUACCACCAAACAUAGACCGCAGAACCGUUGAGCUUCGUCUCGCCGACAACUUCAUCCGAGAGGUGGGAGGAGCUGAAUUUGCAAACAUGACGGGACUGGUGGAUUUGACGCUAUCCCGAAACACCAUUAGCCACAUCCGGCCAAUGGCGUUUGCAGAUCUGGAAAGUCUACGCUCGUUGCACCUAGAUGGCAACCGACUGACUGAGCUGGGUCAGCGAGACUUAUUAGGCAUGCUAAACUUGCAGCAUCUCAUUCUCAACAAUAACCAACUCAUUAACAUCUCUUCAGAGGCCUUUGAUGACUUUCUCCUCACGCUAGAGGAUUUGGACUUAUCCUACAACAAUCUGCACAAAGUACCCUGGGAUGCCAUUCAGAACAUGGCAAGCCUGCAUACAUUAAACCUAGAUCACAAUCUCAUUGAUCAUAUUGCUGAGGGUUCGUUUAGCGAGCUCUACAAACUAGCCCGAUUGGACAUGACUUCAAAUCGCUUACAGACUUUACCACCUGAUCCAUUGUUUGCCCGAUCACAGACAGGGGUAAUCAGCCCUACACCCUACAAUGCAGUGAUCAACUUGAAUUUUGGGGGUAACCCAUUGCACUGUAAUUGUGAAUUGCUUUGGUUGAGAAGACUAAUACGCAGUGAUGAUAUGGAAACUUGCGCUACACCUAUUAAUUUAGCGGGACGUUACUUCUGGUCUAUUCCUGAGGAGGAAUUUGCCUGUGAGCCUCCACUUAUAACCCGACAUACACACAAACUCUGGGUGUUAGAGGGCCAAAGAGCAAUGCUCAAAUGUCGUGCAAUUGGUGAUCCAGAGCCAAUGGUGCAUUGGGUCUCACCGGAUGACCGCAUCAUUGGCAACUCCAGUCGCACCACAUCUUUCCGAAAUGGCACUCUUGAUGUGCUUGUAACUGUUGCCCGUGAUGAUGGUACCUACACUUGCAUUGCAAUCAAUGCUGCAGGCGAGGCCACUGCCCUAGUUGAUCUGAAAGUUAUCCCUCUCCCACACCGUGGAAAUGGAACAAUAUUGUUAACUCGUGACCCGGGAUCAUCAGACAUAACCAGAGGGAAGUCCUCCAGUGGGCAAAGCCCUGGUCCAGACAUUAACACUGACCCCCAGGAGGGACAGGAAGAGGGUCAAAUGGAGGUUGAGGAUGGGGACAGCGAAGGGGCUGAGGAGCAAAUGGUGGGAGUCCAGGGAGUGACAUCCACUUCAGCGCAAGUGCGAUGGGAUACGGGUCGUUUGACAGGAGUCAACCUUGUGUGGAUGUAUCAAAUACAGUAUAACUGCACUGUGGAUGAGACUCUAGCUUACAGGAUUCUGCCCCCCACUAGUGACAGCUUCCUACUGAAAAACCUGGUCUCUGGAAUAGAGUACAAUUUGUGCGUGCUAGCCAUUUUUGAUGACACAGUUACUUCUAUGGCUGCCACAAAGGUCCUUGGUUGCAUGCAGUUUAGCACCAAGGAAAAUUACCCUGACUGUCGUUCACUACAAGCCCACUACCUGGGCGGGACUUUAACCAUUCUGGUUGGUGGAGUUGUUGUUGUAACGCUGCUGGUGUUUACUGUGGCACUGAUGGUGCGCCACAGUGUGUGCAGUAACCAUGACAAUCUUCAUGAAGUAGGAGAUGAGGCAGGAUGCUCAGGAUCAGACUCCCCGGCUCUUGCUGCUAAGGGAGCUGAUGUCUUCUCUCAGAGCAAUGGGAAUGGGAAUGUGAUGAUGGUGGUGCUGCCCAAUGGGCUUGUUCAAAAACAGAAAGUAUCAGAGGGAGGGUUGGGGUCAGUACCUAAACCAACUUCGAAAGUUAAACCAAAAACCCUUCCAAAGCCCAAAGUGAAUCUGGAGCAAUUCAGGGCGGGAAUUGAAGGUGAGAAAGAGAAAAUGUCUUUGUAUUACACCCCCAGUAAUCAUUCCCCCUCUACAUUGCCACGUCUGUCAAGCCAGUCAGGAGCAACACAAAUCAAACUCCGUACUACCAACAGGGACACAGGUAAACGGGCCAGCUUAAGUUGGGCCCCACCCCCCACAUACAGCGCACAACUCAGUAACAGGCGGUUCAGCACAGGGGGGGGCAUUGUGGUCCGUCGGGGAGGGAAAGACAGCCAAUGGAAUUCCUCACUUGUCUAUCAGAGCCCUGUUUUACCAGGCAACAGUUCUGCUCACAGUGCUCUGCGCUAUAAGAGAAGUUCAUCAUUUGAUAUGGGUGAAAUCGCCACAACAGCCUGCUAUAGUUACGCCAAGAGACUUAACGUAAUCUGGACCAAACGGAGCCAGUCAUUACAUGGCAUGCUUGUCCAGUGCAGCUCAGAAACAAGCACCUCAACGACCAGCAGUGGCAGUGAAGAUUUCCAGGUGCGACAUUCGCAUGGAUACAUCCGUGCCUACAACACCACCAAUUCAAAUUUCAACCCUCCAACAGCAGAGAUUGCAAGGAACCAGCGGUUGAAGGAUAUAGAAAAGGACAAAGACAAAGGAGAAGAACUGGAGGAGAGUGUGGUGUAGGGACAGAGAGGAUUGGUGAGACUCACAAGUAGAUAAAUGGCAUGAGAGGUUGUAAGGAACUCAAGAUGGACAUAAACAGGAUCCAAGAGAGGAGUUUGAAGGUGAGAUGGAAAGUUUGUAGGUAAAGCUUAGAGAGGUGUUGAAAAUGUUGAAGAUCCCAUAAAAUGUUAAUUGGAUCAAUCGAGAGAAAGAGAUAGAAAACAGAGAUGAAGUCAAGAAGAAAACUUUUUUUUUAUUUUUAUUUUUAAAUGCUGAGAGUCAUUCUGAACAACAACUAGGCUAUAGACCUAAAGACAAGCAGCAAUUGCUAACUCACAUGAGGUUGGGGAAAAUGUGGUGUCAUUUAAGCACUGAUCAAUAAGCUUGCAUGUGAAUUACACGGACAGAGUCACGGCAAGCGGACAUGCCGAGUCAUGCAAAAUUGAUCGGAUGAGAUUAAUUGAUAAUGGCAGCAAUGGUAUAACAGCAAAUGUGAAAUGUACAGGAUGCAGACCACAAGAUAGGGAUGUGGAAAUGUUUAAAUGGAACAGUGAAAAUGUGAUUUGGGACACAUUUAGAACUUUAAUGGGCAUUGGCAGUGGUAUAUCAUUGUUUUUGUGUGUGUGUGUGUGUGUGUGAGAGAGAGAGAGUGUAUGUGUGUGAGUGUGUAAGUGUUUGUGUGAAGGGGAGUGAGUGGAUUAAUGCACAAAGAAAUAAUCAAAAGUCAUUUUAUGACAUCACUGGAUCAACUUGUCCCUGUGACCACCAUCAUCCAAUAGGGUAAUGUGUUCUGUGAAACUGAGAGACAAUGUUAAUGCAGGGUCACUGGACUACUAUAGAAGAAAAAAAGAAAAAAUAUAAUUCCAAGUUAAUAGAAUCAAUCAAUAAAUUCUGUUUUAAAACAUCUUUUGAAUGGCGAAAUGGAUGAAAUGGACAACAAUAAGUGAAAGUGUUCAACAAUUUAGUUUCCUUUUUGUUUUUCAUGAAUAAUACUAGCGCUGAAAAAAGAUGUUUAAUUUUUGUUUGAGUAAAUUCAAUGUCAAUGUUAACAAGUGUUAAGAUGAUUUUCUAUUACUGAUUAUGGAAAUGGAGAUUAAAAUAAGGGAACCAGUAAUAUUCUUGAUGAUACCUGUUGAUCUUCUUUUUUCAAAGUGUAACUUAAUGUCCUAAAAAAUAAAACAGUAAAACAACAAAAAAGUUAAACAAAAAAAUAAAAAUCAGAAGCACUGUUAAGCAUUAAAGUCAGUCUAAUCUUAUACAAAUUACGUGACUGUGUCAACAUUUUUGCAAAAUGAUUUUUUACAUGGUUCAUUAAAUUUUUUCUGCACUA